CUAAUUAUUAUCUAAUUCGUUCGUAACGUAACUAUUAGUUAUCGUCUGUUCCUGGUGGUCAUUAUGGUUCCGGCUGAUUACCAGACCCACGACCAUGCGGCCGCAUUUGCCUCCUCGAUGGCAUUAUCCAUAGUAUCCCGUACUCCAUUACUCCAUUACUCCGUUACUCCGUAGUAUCUCAAUAAUUUCUGCCCUCCAGGGUCAUGCUUUCUUUCUCGUCUCGUCUCGUCUCAUCUCCUCUUCUUUCCCCAGCCUCCCCUCUUUCUUCACCUUUGACCUCUUCUCUCCAUCCAAGUGACCCAACUGCCACUUACUAACCCGCUGCCUAAACCCAGUCCCGGCGACUGACUUUUACCAAGGCCGCAACGUCAUCACACCCGCUUGGCGGCGCCUGUCCAGCAAAACUUCCUGCCGACUUUCUUGGUCCACGUCCGACUUAUCUUGGUCCUUUUGAGUACUGGCUUCCUGAUUAUUCCAGCACCUCGGUGUUCUCUUCCCCCUCAAACCCAUUCAGGGAGAAACCCCCCUUUAUCUGCAUCUGUCCUCCAUGGAUUGAUUCAUUCGCAGCUCCUCCGUGUUUCGGUUCUAGCGGGUUUCUUAGCUCCACCACUCUCCUCCAACCAAGACCGUGCGCUACCGUGGCCUCGUCGUCUUUCUCUCACUUUUUCCCCUGGGAUAUUCGCAUUACUGCUUCUCUUUUUUGAAGACGUUGCGCCCUUCCCUCAGCGCUGGUGCAAGACCAUUGAGGUUUUGGCUGGUGAUCUAUUCACCCGCUCGACGUCAUGGGUCGCUCGCGUGUCCUUUCGUUUAUAUCAACCUGGGGAGGUCCGAAGAACAAUGACACCGGAAAGGAGAAUAAGCGCUCCUCGCGCAACGUAACGCCCGCCGAUACCCCCCCGAGAUGGCAGACACCGUCGCCCGAUACCCCAUCUCCGCCGUCUGAAUUGUCGCCUGCCGGGGGUUCCAAUCCCCGAGGCGCGGGAAAUAGUUCGCGCCCAGUGUCGAUGAGCUUCUCGCGCAACCCACCGUUAAUGACCCAGGAGGAAGAUACCCCACCGGAGCUUUCGCCGAUCUUCUCCUUUCUCAAUAUCCACACCAACAAGGUCUACCAGGAAGGUUAUUUCUUGAAAUUGAAUGACCAGGAUUCUCAUGGACGGCCUUGCGGCGAUCGACAAUGGGUAGAAUGCUACGCCCAGCUUGUCGGAACCGUCCUCUCCCUCUGGGAAGCUGCUGCGCUGGACGCAGCAGGCGGGGAAGAGGUUCCGGCGACUUUUAUCAACCUGGCGGAUGCGUCGAUUAAGAUGAUCGAAACGCUCCCGAUCAGAAAUGGAGCCGUGCAACCAUUGAAGAACGUCCUGAGUCUAUCCUCUGCGGGCAAAAACCGAUAUCUGCUACAUUUCAGCUCGUUCCACUCAAUGACGCAGUGGACCGCAGCCAUUCGUCUUGCGAUGUACGAACAUACUUCGCUGUACGAAGCGUAUACCGGUUCCCUUAUUGCCGCUAAAGGCAAGUCUCUCAAUGGAAUCCAGUCCAUUCUUGCACCUGCCAAGUUCAAACAUGAGGAUUGGGCGCGAGUGCGUUUUGGCGCGGGCACGCCUUGGAGGCGGUGCUGGUUUGUUAUUAAUCCACCGGAUGAGAAGGAGCUCCAGAAGGCCCGAAAGUUGAUGAAGAAGUCUGCCUAUGACCGCCUCACGAUACCGGUCACGGGAAGCAUCCAGUUCUAUGAAACGAAAAAGACUAAAAAAGUCAAACCUAUUGCGACGGUGACGAACGUGUACUCAGCAUAUGCAAUUUACCCCCAGUCGAAAGCGCUCAUUGAUCAAUCCACUUUGGUGAAGUUGGAAGGUCGGAUCAGCAUGCACUCCGGGAACCAGCCGUCGACGGAAGGUUUUGUCUUCGUCAUGCCCGAGCUGCACGCCGCGGUCUCUGGCUUCGAGAUGAUGCUCCGAUUCCUAUUCCCAACCUUCGAUACGUUCAAUCUCUACGGCCGUCCGACUCGCCUCGUCGCUGACGUGAACCACAUCAAGAGUAUCAUGUUUGCGUUCCCUAAACAGCGCCGCUACGGAUAUUUGGACGUCUUGGACAUCACCAAUCUUCUUCAGAUUCCCGGCAGCCAGGAUUGGAGCGAAGCCGAGUGGAGGAAACAGUUGAAGGAUGCAACGCAAAAGCGGAUGAGCACAGGCAGAAGUCGUACCAACAGCGUCAACAGCACUCGACCUCGCUAUCGUGCCAGCAUAUCUAGUCGCCCGGGUGAAAGCUCGUUGAACGGAUCUCGUCAACACCUCCCUCCCCUGGAGGCUAAGCCCGAGUUUAACCAGUCUGCAGAGGCCAUCAUUCAUGAAGUUCCUCGGAACGAUCCUGUGAUCUAUCAUUCUAGGGGAAUGUCGGAUACCACAGGUCUUCAGACAGGACCCAGACCAGGCUAUGGCUCGCUGCUGGAGGGCUCGCCGGAUUCAUCCGCUCAGGAUCUCGUCCAACGUGACCGGGCGCAAGCCUUGGCCGGUCCCAUUGCUGAGCGGACUAGCUCCGAAAGUGAUCGUAACUCGCCUAUGACCGAACGACCUUUCGAAAUUGAAGAGCAGCUUCCUCCUCGUACGCCACCGUCCCCAGUCACCAACCCACCCACUUUCGCCCAUGGACCGCGAGAAAUGCCUACCAACCGGCCGAAAACAAGCAAUGAGCAGAGACUGGCUAAUAACCGUAUGUCUCACACGACUCUUAUGCAGUUCCACCAGGUUGGGAAAACGGGCAUGGAAGUGGACGGUGCUGCGCUUGGAUAUCAGGAUCAACACCAUCACCAGCAACAACAUCCCGAGGCCAGUAUGGAUCAACGACUCCAACCCCAUGCACCUUAUCAGAUUUACGCCCCUGAGCCCGUGGUAGCAAGAGGUUCUCCACUCAGGAACCAGUCCAGCGACGAGGGCAUCGACCUUGCUUUCCCUUCGCGCCAAGUACCUACGUCGCAACCCCAUCCGGCUACCCCCAGUACAGGGGGCACUCCCUCGCCUCAGCGGAACCUCCAAAUCGACAGUCUCAAGGCUGUCAAGCGUAAACCCCUUCCGCAGCGACAGCUCUUUGGGGGCCCACCAUUGUCACCUGACGGUGAAGAGCCUAGCUUUGACGACUUGCGCCAUACUCUGGAUGAAGAUGCCCUAAACCGAAUCGCGCCUCAUCUUCCGUCUCCUAUUUCCCCGACCCGUCAAGAGGAGGAGAGCGUGUAUGACGAUGCGUCUACCGUCUCACCCGAUUAUGCGAGUACCCAUGAGUCUGUCUACAGCAAAAAGUCUGCCAAACGAAUGGGUGUCAAGAAGACUGUCGGAGAGUCGGCCAAACAGGAUCUCGUCAUUGGUGAUGCUCGCUAUGCGACCGACAGGCCAGCCGAGCCUAAUCCAGAUAUUCCCACUGUAGACUUUGGCCCAACUCUGACUUACAUGCCUACCACCGGACGUCCGACCACAGGUGACGCCUUGAAGAAGGCUUCACAUCAGCGUAAUGACUCCGACUUCAAGCACUGGGUUCCAACCACCCCCAUGGAGCGCGGUCACGCUCGGUCUCCGAGCCAGGAAGAGCGUCGACGCAGUGUCCUGUGGCAGCCCGGUAUGGCCAGUGGUCGGCCCACUACUCCAGGAGGCGGUCUAACCCCGGAGCAAUUCGUUCAGCAGCGAGCCGCGCCUAGUCCCCCGGUGCACAUGCACCAGCGUGUUCCGUCGAGUAACAGCCCACCACCAGCACGACCAGUAUCAGGAGACUGGACACACCAGGCCCGGCCUCACUCGCGUAUGACUUCAUAUCCGGAUGCCAACUACCGCCCCUCUUCUCGCGGUGCCAGCACGAUGAUCACCAACUAUAACGAUGUUUCGAACCAUCUCUCUGCUCGUGAGCAGGAGCAUGUCGCACGCAUGACUGGCUCUUCGUUCUUCGACAUGUCGAGUAACACGAAGAAGCCCCAACCUCAAGUCAAUCCAAUGGGUCUCGUGUCAACAAUUGAUGCUCGUGAGCGCGAGAAGCGUGAGAUGAAAGAGGGAAUGUCGAAUCAGAUGGUACAGCAUGCUAUUGCACAGCGCCAGCAACAUCAUCAAUACCAACAACAGCACCAGAUGAUGCAGCACCCGCAGCAAUAUGCACCCCAGUACGCCGGCUCGGUGUUCCCACCCGCAACUCGGGAUGAGAUGUAUAAUCUCCCUGGCGCCAGUCACACUUGGGAUGCACUCCACCAGAUGAACCGCUCGGACGAGCCACGCCGUCGCUCAUGGUAUGGCCAGCUCGCCCAGGCUUCACAAGUCCCUCCCAGCUACCAGCAGAGCCAGCACUUUGCUCAGCAAGAUGGCUAUCCUGCCAACUACAACACCAUGCAUUCAUAAGACACUACGAUCACCUAUUUGUCUCGAUGAGUUGCGCCCAACACAGCUCAACUUUCCUCACAUCACUGUCCUUUCAACCCUUUCUUUCUUUUCAUGUCCAAACUUGAAUCUGCACACCUCCUGCCUUAGAUCUAGAUUAUCUGCACAGUACUGCGGCCCUCGGUCCUUCGUCUUCGCCUUUUAUUGCCUUCUCCUUGUCCGUCAAUUCGCAUUCAUUCCCCACACUGUCAUUUUCCUUAUUUGUCUCGUGAUUAUCAUCAUCCUUGCAUUGCGCAUCAUAACGGAGUUGCAGAUUUGGUUUGGCGCUAUGGGGGUCUGCUUCUCUUAUCUGUCGCAUGCGGUCUGCUUUCCUCCCAUUCCUUAUUAUCAUUUCUUGGGUCAACGUUAUCGUUCCUCGGUACCAUCAAAGGCUCUCAAUUCUCUUCUCUGUGUGUUAAAUGGUUAGAACUCCCUUGUCUGCCCGUGAUCUUGAUUAUAGUACGUCCCUUUUGAGGGGGUUUGUACAGAAUGGAAUGCUUGGUACAGGCUAUCUUUACCUUGUCUUCAUAUAGCAAUGGUUUCGAAAUAGACGUAAAAGCCUCGGAUAUUCAAAGUUUCAUUAUUUCCAGUGGUUUCCAAGUAAUCUGUCAAGGUCGCGACUCUUGCCCUUCACUACAUGUGACAGAUGGAGAUUCCUCACCAGCUCCUAUCUUUCGUGACCAUGAUCCUCACUGAGUAUACGAGCGUAGUAUAUCUAUUGCUAGACACGGCAGAUGUGAUAUUAUUCGAAAUCUGAUGGCACGAAACAUCAAACGAAGCUGCUCCAAAUGCAACUCAUACUUUCUGAAAAAUGUACGUACAUACACCGGAACCAAAAGACGCAACAAAACAAAUCAAAUCAAAUCAAUGUAUAAAGGUAUCCCAAAAAACGCCACGAAUGCCUACUUGCCUUCCAUCUCUUGGCUUUUCAGGGCGGAGGCUUCAGUGGGGAUGCGAUGCACUCGAUGUCUCUCGGAAACGAGAAACAAAGAGGGCGAUAAUUUAAUUGGAGUGCAACUUCUUGAUACGCAUACCACCCUCGUAGAGACCACGGUCUAGAGCCGCUGCCACUGUCAAGGUACCACCGAUGAUGGCACAGACUCCGGUCAGGAAACCGGUGAAGGUCUUGGGCCGGGUCUCGCGGUUGAUAACCUUCAUGGGGGAAAUAUCAUAGUUGAAGAAGACGCCGGGGAUACCACCCGCGGCGUGCAUACGCUCCUUGUGGCCCUCAGCAGCAUCAUCGCCGCCAACGAGAGGGCGCUUGUGCGAGGUCACAGAGUACUGGUGGGCUUCAAUGCUACCCUGAGAGCCGUAGGCGAGACCGUGCGAGCCGAGAGGCGCCUUAUCAUAGGCAGUGUGGACAGCAGAGGAGAAGGUCGGAUCCCAGCCCAGGGGGAGAUAGGAAGUCGAGACAACCUUGAUGAAGUACAUAAAGUUGAAGGCCGGCUCCUCGGUCGACUGUUUGGUGUCGUCGAGCGGGUUGGUGUGGUGGUGAUCAGUCCACUGCCAGCGAUCUGCAAGCUCCGCGGGGAGUUGAGGACCGAAUCGAAGCUCGUGGAUCUCGUGGGUCAUGGUGUGCUGUUCGGGCGAGGGCGCAUCCCGCAUGAAGUAGUUGUCCAUAUCGUGGGCAUGCAUGUUUCCGCUCGUGUAGCUGCGACCCGGGGCAAUGUGGAAGUUACCCACCACCUUGUUGACACGGAGAACGCCUUCAAUGCGGCAGCCCUCGCGCCGUUGAGCCAAAAGCUUCUCGCCGUAUCCCUCACGGGUGCACUGCUCUACAUUUUCGCCAAUGCCGAAGGCCCAUUGCUUGUUUGCAUACGCCUCGCGCACUUCGUCGCAAGUGCUACAGCAGCCGGCUUUGAUAGCAUUGGGGGGCGCAUCAGCUCCAUAACACUCACCACAGUAGUCCGCGGCCAGAUGCGCGGCGGCGUCGGCUGGGGAGUG